CUCAAUCUGAUAGCAUUUGCCUCUGGGAGGAUCCAUAGCGCAGAAGCCCCAGGGAGAUGACCAACUCUCUGCUCCUUAACCAGCUCCUCCUCCAGGAGUUCGUCCUUAAUCUGAGCCAGCCCUUGUGGAGGCCAAAUUCCCUCUCCUCUCCCUUUUCUGGGUGAGGACUCAGGCUUGGAGCCACUCCAGGAUAAACUUCUGCAGGCCAAGAGAUAACGCAACUUCAAGGUGACAACCAGAAACUCCUUUUAAAAGUUCUCCUUCUCUGCUGAAAUUGCUGUAGCUUCACUCCACAGCUAGCCAUCUGCCUACACCUGGCUGCCAUGUGGGAGCUUGUGGGUCUCUUGCUGCUCAUCCUGGCCUAUUUCUUUUGGCCCAAGUCAAAGACACCUAAUGCCAAGUUCCCCAGGAGCCUUCCAUUCCUGCCCCUGGUGGGUAGUCUGCCAUUUCUCCCCAGACGUGGUCAUAUGCACGCCAACUUCUUCAAGCUGCAGGAAAAGUAUGGUCCCAUCUAUUCUCUUCGCCUGGGUACCACAACUACAGUGAUUGUCGGUCACCAUCAGCUGGCCAGAGAAGUGCUCUUGAAGAAGGGGAAAGAAUUUUCUGGUCGGCCCCAGAUGGUGACUCUAGACCUCUUGUCGGACCAAGGAAAAGGCAUUGCCUUUGCGGAUAGUGGUAGCUCCUGGCAGCUGCACCGGAAGCUGGUGUUCAGCACCUUUUCCCUGUUCAGGGAGGACCAGAAACUGGAGAAGAUAAUAUGUCAGGAAGCCAACUCACUGUGUGACUUGAUACUUACAUACGACGGGGAGUCCCAAGAUCUGUCUACGCUCAUCUUCAAGUCAGUAACCAAUAUCAUCUGUGCCAUCUGCUUCAACAUCUCUUUUGAGAACGAGGAUUCGAUACUGACCACCAUACAGACCUUUACAGAGGGUAUUGUGCAUGUCAUGGGCCACAGCGAUCUGGUGGACAUACUCCCGUGGUUGAAGAUUUUUCCCAAUAAAAACUUGGAAAUGAUGAAGAAACACAUUAAAAUUCGAGAAAAAACACUGGUUGAAAUGUUUGAAAAAUGCAAGGAGAAAUUCAAUAGUGAAUCUCUCUCCAGCCUGACAGACAUUCUGAUACAAGCCAAGAUGAAUGCAGAAAAUAAUAACACUGGGGAAGGCCAGGACCCAAAUGUGCUCUCAGAUAAGCAUAUCCUUAUCACGGUGGGAGACAUCUUUGGGGCAGGCAUAGAGACAACUAGCUCUGUGCUGAACUGGAUCCUGGCUUUCCUGGUGCACAAUCCUGAGGUGAGUGUCUCCCCAACUCUUGUCUUCCGAAUGAUUGAGAAUGGGGGAGGGUUCUCCCCGCUCCCAAGUGGAGCUGUGGGGCUGACCAUCUCCCUUUCUCUUCUCCUCAUCUGGGUUAGCAUUGGAGAGUUUGCCAUCCCAAAGGACACACAUGUGAUCAUCAAUCUCUGGGCACUGCAUCACGAUAAAAAUGAAUGGGACCAGCCAGAUCGGUUCAUGCCUGAGCGCUUCUUAGAUCCAACAGGAAGCCAUCUCAUUACACCCACACCAAGUUAUUUGCCCUUCGGAGCUGGUCCCCGAUCAUGCAUUGGAGAGGUUCUGGCCCGGCAGGAGCUCUUUAUCUUCAUGGCCUUGCUGCUGCAGAGGUUUGACUUUGAUGUGUCAGAUGACAAACAGCUGCCCUGUCUGGAGGGUGACCCCAAGGUGGUCUUUCUGAUCGACCCUUUCAAAGUGAAAAUCACAGUGCGCCAAGCAUGGAAGGAUGCACAGGCUGAGGUUAGCACCUAGGGGCCGAAACUAACGUCCCAGAUCCCAUGCCUUGACACCCACAGCCCAGUCUUGGAGGUGCUAGUCCCAGUGCCUCCAACAAUCCUCUUCACUCCUAUCCUGUUUUCUACUUGGCAGCAAUGGAGGGUGAGACACAUAUUAAAGGUUUUCCAACAUCUCUGA